GCCGGCAACACGUGACCGCGCGGGGCACGUGACCACGCGGGGCACGUGACACAGGACCUGCACCACGUGACAGGACCUGCACCACGUGACGCGGGCCGGGAGCGCAGCGGAGCGGGACGGGAGCGGAGCAGCCAUGGUGUCCAGAAAGCAGCUGGCAGACUUUGGCUACAAGGCCUUCUCGGGCUCCAUGAUGCUGCUGACGGUGUACGCCGGGUACCUGUGCAGCGUCCGUGUGCAGAGGAUGCUCCAGCACCGCCGUGAGCGGGAGAACGCGCCCGGCCCCGAGAGCUGAGCCUGUGCUGGGACCGGCCCGGGAGCUGGGACCUGCCCCCGGAGCUGGGACUGCCCCCGGAGC